AGCCAGGAUGGUCUCGAUCUCCUGACCUCGUGAUCCGCCCGCCUCGGCCUUCACUUGCUACAACUGCAAAUAUUUAUCAAUAAAACUGAUAACCCAAAACUUGCUUCAGAUUUUCUCUGCAGUGCUUAAAAUAUCUUUGCAACACAAGACAGUGCACAAUGACAAGUAUUAUUUCUAAAUACCCAGAUUUGAUUUAUUUGUAUUUUUAAAAUUAUUACUCUUACAGGUGUAGUCCUCUCCAGCCCCAAGUAACAUCUUUUCAGAUGAAUUCAAGGGGCUGUUUAAGACUUUGACUCUAGUGAAAACACUACAAAAGGCAAAAUGUUGCCCUAAGUGAUAGAAGGUCCCAGUUUGGGAACUGAUUUUAUUCCUAUGACAAAAGCUGUAAGAUGAGUAACCUUACUAAUGGAAAUGUAUGUCCACAGAUUCACUUAGGGAGCAUAGUGUAAAAAAUCAGGAACUUAAAAUUACAAAUUUGAUUUCAAGUUAUAUUUCUGUCUCAUGUGACUUUGGGCAAGUCAUUUCUCUUUUCUGAGUUCAUUUCCUUAUCCGCAAAUGACAAAUAAAAUAUGUAAUUAUCAGGAUAGCUAUGAGCAUUAAAUAAAACAAACAUGGAAAGAAUAAAGUGUGGCAUACAUUAUUAUUUUAUCAAAGUGCUUCACGUCGAUAACUGUUAUUGUAUACUUGUAUUAAAUGUCAUUUUAAUGCACUUUCCCCUAUUUUUUUCCAAAACAUACACUAAACAUCUGAUUUAGCUACUCAUCAAAACAUACAAUCAUGUUUUAAGAUGGAACACUAUAUCAGUGUUAUUGCUUUUCUCAAUAAUGUGAUCCCAAAUCACUACUUUCAGUUCACCAUCACCUCAAAUCUACAGAAAUAUUUCUUUCAAUGACAUAGAUAGACAGAUAGAUAGAUGGAUGAUAGAUAGAUGAUAAAUAGAUAUACAAUUAUAGGUUAAAAUUAAAGUUUAAAUAAGAUAAAUCAUUUGAAAGUUUUAUUUCCAAAGGAAAUAAAACAACAUUCCCAAGGACAGAAAUAAUAUCAAAUUAAUUGCUAAAUAUAUAAAUGAGUUAUAGAGCUAAGACUAAGUUAUAAGAGAUUGACAAUUAGAAAACACUCUUUUUCAUAUUAAGGUGGUAUGAUUUUCUUUAACAAUUUUACAAUGAAAAUAAAAACUUAAUAAAAGGUGGUAAUGGGCCAGGCAUGGUGGCUCACGCAUACAAUCCCAGCACUUUGGGAGACUAAGGCAUGAGGAUCACUUGAGCCCAGGAGUUCCAGACAUGUCUGUGCAACUAAGUGAGACCCUGACUCUAAGAAAAAAAAUAAAAUGUACAAAAUUUAAAAUAGUAAUGUGUCCAUUAAACCUUUUAUUUUACAGUAGUUUUAGAUUUACAGAAAAACUGCAAAUAGAGAGGUCCCAUAUACAUCUAUGGGCAUUAAUAAGCCAAUAUUGAUCAUUAAGUACAUACUUCAUUCAGAUUUCCUUAGUUUAUAACCUAAUGUCCUUUUUCUGUCCCAGGAUCCCAUUCAGGAUACAUUACAUUUAGUUGUCAUGUUUCCUUAGGCUUCUCUUGGCUGUGACAGUUUCUGCAACUUUCCUUGUUUUUGAUGACAGUUUUGAGAAAUAAACUGAUAUUUUGUAGAAUGUCCCUCUAUGGGGAUUUGUCUGAUGUUUUUCUCGUGACUAGACACGGGUUUUUGGUUUCUGGAAGAACACAGUGGUAAAGUGCCAUGCUCAUCACAUGAUAUCAAAGGUACAUGCCAUCAUUGGGACUCCUCUUAGCUUGACAGUUCUCAAACUUUAGGCUACUCUUAGCUGUUGAUGUUAACCUUGAUCACUUAGCUGAGGUAGCAUCUAUUAUAAUUCUCCACUGUAAACUAAUACGUUUUUAAAGAGAUUAUAUUGAAGGUAAAUUUUCUGGACAUUUACACUGAGCUAAACAAAUUCUAAACACUAAUAUUAGGUUCCACUAAAUGAUGAUUAAUAAAUGCUAUAAAGAAAAUACAGUGAAGUGGAAAAAUAAAACUCCAAAAGUCUUAGCCUGAAUAUUCACCUAAUAGAGGUGAAAGUGAAUUUUUUCCUUGAACUGUCUGUGCAAUUAAUUACAAUAAUCCUCCACAUACUUUGGAUAUUAAAGAUCUUAGUCUUACUAAUUGUUGUAAGAGGUAAUUUAAAUUUAAACUAACCAUUUUGCUUAUUGCAUUUCUAUAUUGUCCUCCACUAAUCAAUGAACACUGAAUAUUGAAAUAAUGUAAAAGACCUGAUAUAUUUCCCGCUAGCUUUAACCUAUUUGUCAUAAAUACAUUUCUUGUAUACGAUUUUUAAAUGUUUGCUAAAUAUUAAAAAGAAUUUCAAUGUGUUUGAUUUUGUAAAAUUACAUAUCGAAUGUGUAUAAUUUUUUACUACCAUGUUCAUCACACUUAAUCUAUAUCCACAUAUUGUACUCCACCAAUAUUUAUCAGUGGACGAUAAGGAAGUUUUGAAUGCAUUAAUACAACUUAAGAGGCACCACAGCUGGUUAUUUUGCAAUGCCAGAAUAACGGUAGGUAUUCACAAAUUGAAUAGAUAAUCCAGAUUAUGUUUCCUCCAAUUUAAGUUUUCCUGGGUUUUUUUAUUCCCCCUUCCUAGAAUCAAUUUUAUCAUUUUACCUAUGUACAAUAAUAUACUUCUGGAAAAUGCUAGAAUUUUCACCAUGUAACAGAAUUUGAGCAUGACAAUAAUGUAAAAAUAUUCAGAAGUCUCGAACUAUAGGUUUCUUUGAGUUUUCAAAGUAAAUCAAAAUACGGCUGUUUUCAUUUUACUAUAUUGUGGAAACCUAUGGAUGUUAUUGUAAAAUGCAUAUGCAUUACACUGACUUUCUUAACAUGUUUUGAAUUAAUAAAGAAUUCAACAAUGUAUCCUUAGAAAGUUACUGUUUCCUCAUUGGUAUAACACUAUAGGAAUAAAAGGUACACUUCUAUGUGUUAACUUAAAUUGCUUAUGCACUUGGGGGAAAAUAAAUUCUGGCUAGAUCCUUUACAUUGUUCUAUAAGGUUUUAAUUAUUAAAAUUUUGCAUCUUUUGUAAGUAAUAAAAUAUAUUGUUGAAAUGACUUAUGUUCUGAGAACUCAACUGAGAGAUAUACCAUGUUGAGUUCAAGUGAUUCUCACCAUUUCCAUGGUUAAAAUAAAUUCAAAGUUAAGUUCAGACUUGGGAAACAAUUGUUCUAAUAGAGAUAAAAACAUCCUGAUCAGUCCUGUUCUAUCCUCAGAUCAGGAUUAAAAUAAAAUGGGUUUCAACAGCAGAACGAUUGUAUAAAGUUGUGUAGUUUGAAUACACAAAGCGAAAAGAACUGAGAUAAUUAGGUGGAGGCUUUAAGUAGCAAAAAACUAUUUUUGCUUCCUGAUGUUUGAAGAGUCAUUUCAUUCUUCCACUCACUCUGCAUUUGUUACCGUGCUAAGAGAUGAAAAGAGAGAGGCAAUGCAAACGUAUUUUCUAAGAAUUUUUAUACUUAACCUCAAGAGUUUCGAUUAGAUGACCUAAGGAUAUUUUAACCUUGAUAACGGUUCCCAUUUUUUACCAUUUUAUUUUUUAUGAAUAAAUCAGAAGUUUCGUUCUUCUAAUACAUCACCUCUCUCAACAGUGAAAUACCACUUAGUAGACGCUGCCCAAACCAGUUAGGUAGUGGCAGUUCUCAGAUUGAGCGUUUAGCCCUUGCAUUCCCAGGACUGUCUUGGUUGUGUUUAUUCCCUCAUGUCUGUUUCUCCGUUGAGCUGUGAACAGGUCUUUUGAAAAGUGCAAAGCAUUGUGCCAAUAAAUGUCAGUAUUGCUGGCACCUAUCCGCUACCAGUUUUUUGGAAAGGGAUGAGGGUUGGACUCCUGGAGGCAGAUACCUGAAGGCUUUGUUGGGCUGUAGGUUGCUGUAACACGGAAUCACUCCACCUCUUUAAAAAGCUGACGGUAAGUAAGUGGGACUAAGUGAAAAUGAAUGGGCAGGUGAAUAACAAAGUCCUUUGAAAGCAAGUAAAUGACAUGGCAGAAGAAGGGCACGCAUGUCUAUUGUGCAAAUUCAUUCAGUGGUUAUCUCAUAAUACACUUGUCACGUCCUUAUUAACACGAACCUGACCCACCAUGGACAAGAGAAACGUAAGCAGGAAAAAAAGGAGGAGGAAUAAACACACGCCUGUCCGUAAUAAAAUUCGCUCUGGAAGACUCAGCGGCAGCCCUGCACUGGAGACUGACGACUUGCGCGGCCGUGACCUCCGCCCUGCAGCGGACCCUCGACUGCCCUCCACUGCGGCUCUGGAGGCCCCGACUCAGGGCAUGGGAAAGAAAUCCUCGCUAUCAGAAAACAGAGGGGCAAUUUGCUGCUCUCCCUUUCCGGCCCAACACGUCACCCGUCAACCGGGUACCUAAGAAGAGGCUUUCAGAGGAGGCGCCCAAGGUCUCCUACGCCCGCCCCGUCCCAAUCACGCUCCGCUCAGCCCCCUCAACUUUCGGCCUCCAGGAAGUUCGCAGCGUUCUCACGCUCGGCAGGAAGUUCCCUCCAAGGUUUCCGGAAAAUCCUUUAAAAAACACCGCUUGCGCUGGGCGGGGCUUGGUGAGCUCUCACCGCUAUCUCUAAGUUCCGGGUGUUGUCGCGAGGCCUGCUCUGUCCGGGACUUCCGGUUCCGGUGAGGGUCAGCGGUCUCUGCCUAAAGAUGCGGUCACGGGUUCUGUGGGGCGCUGCCCGGUGGCUCUGGCCCCGCGGGGCCGUUGGCCCAGCCCGCCGGCCCCUGAGCUCCGGUAGCCCGCCGCUUGAGGAGCUGUUCGCCCGGGGCGGGCCCUUGCGGACCUUCCUCGAGCGCCAGGCGGGGUCUGAAGCCCAUCUGAAGGUCAGGAGGCCCGAGUUGCUGGCGGUGAUCAAACUGCUGAACGAGAAGGAGCAGGAGCUGCGGGAGACUGAGCACUUGCUGCACGAUGAGAAUGAAGAUUUAAGGAAACUUGCAGAGAAUGAAAUAACUUUGUGUCAAAAAGAAAUAACUCAGCUGAAGCAUCAGAUUAUCUUACUUUUGGUUCCCUCAGAAGAAACAGAUGAAAAUGAUUUGAUCCUGGAAGUAACUGCAGGAGUUGGAGGUCAGGAGGCAAUGUUGUUUACUUCAGAGAUAUUUGAUAUGUAUCAGCAAUAUGCUGCAUUUAAAAGAUGGCAUUUUGAAACCCUGGAAUAUUUUCCAAGUGAACUAGGUGGCCUUAGACAUGCAUCUGCCAGCAUUGGGGGUUCAGAAGCCUAUAGGCACAUGAAAUUUGAAGGAGGUGUUCACAGAGUACAAAGAGUGCCAAAGACAGAAAAGCAAGGCCGCGUCCAUACUAGCACCAUGACUGUAGCAAUAUUACCCCAGCCUACUGAGAUUAAUCUGGUGAUUAAUCCGAAAGAUUUGAGAAUUGACACUAAGCGAGCCAGUGGAGCUGGGGGGCAGCAUGUAAAUACCACGGACAGUGCUGUCCGGAUAGUUCAUCUUCCAACAGGUGUUGUUUCUGAAUGUCAACAAGAGAGAUCUCAGCUGAAAAAUAAAGAGCUGGCUAUGACAAAGUUACGUGCAAAACUGUACAGCAUGCAUCUAGAGGAAGAAACAAAUAAAAGACAGAAUGCCAGAAAAAUUCAGAUUGGAAGUAAAGGAAGAUCAGAGAAAAUAAGAACAUAUAAUUUUCCACAGAACCGGGUCACAGAUCACAGAAUAAACAGGACACUGCAUGAUCUUGAAACUUUUAUGCAAGGAGAUUAUCUACUGGAUGAACUUGUACAGUCAUUGAAGGAAUACGCCGAUUACGAAUCUUUAGUAGAAAUUAUUUCCCAAAAAGUUUAAGUUGAUUUGUGAUUUAUAGACUUUCGUAGCUUAGAAAAAUUCUACAGUACAUCCACAUAGGGUGAAAAUACACUUAUUCUCUUAAAAAACAUGAGUUAACACAGUUGGAGGUAAUAUGCAUAUUCUGAAGUCAUAGAUAAUUUACACAGAUCUCUCUCAAUGCAUUAACAAAAAUCAUACAAUAUACAGAUGGUCCUCGAUUUACAUUGUGGUUAAUUCCCAAUAAACCCAUCGUAAGUUAAAAAUGCAUAUAACUAGCAACACAGCAGUCUCCUACUUAAUGACAGCUUGACUUAACAAUUUUCCAACUUUACCAUGGUGUGAAAGAGGUAUGAUUCCUAAGUCCUAAGGAGCUCCUCAGCUUGAAAUGGGGCUGCAUCCCUAUAGACCCAUCAUAAAGUCAAAAAAUCCUAAAACGUAAGUUGGUGACCAUCUGUAAUCAUGACGUGGUGGUAAAUCUUGGACGCUUCCUUACAAUAAGUAGACAAAGGAAAAUCAUCCUUUGUCCUGUUCUAUGUAAAUAUUUAAUGAAUGAUCAAAACUUCAGUUUAAAUAUUAUGAAAAACUUUAAACAUAAUAUAGUAGAAGUAAGACAGUAAAUACUGUAUCCUAAUAUCCAGUCAGGAGACAGAAACCAUACCAUUAACUUGAACAGGGAUAAUUUUAAUAUAAAAAACUGUUAACCGAUAAUGGUAUUAACUUUUAAGAGGGAUGAAAGAGAGCUAUGAUGUCCUAGGACUGAGAGUACCCUAGGAAAGAAUACCCUUGAAAGGGUCUUCCCUUCCUCAUGGUGAAGUCAGGCCUAAUGAAGAGAGUGGCUACAGCCUACUCAGUGAUGGGGAAAUUCCCUGUCUUGCACUGGGCCAGAGCUGGUGUACAGCUGGUGGAUCAGGUCUUACAAGCAAAGAACCUCACACUCUCGACUGGUAAGCCAGAAGCCUCUUGCUAGGGUGUGAGCAAAACUUGGACAGGAACUGUCAGUAGAUGUUUGUGUUUGUCAAGAUUCUCCAGACAAACUUCCUUAAAAGGAUUGGCUUGUGUGAUUAUUAUUAAGUCUAACAAGUCCAAAAGCUGGAGUGUGAGGCAGGAGGCUGGAAACCCAGGAAAGCUGAUGGUGCAGGUCCGGUCCAAAGGUAUCUGUUGGAGGAUUCUCUUGUUCUGGGAAGAGGAUGGUCUUUUUUUCUCUUCAGACCUUCACCUGACUGGAUCAAGCCCACUAACAUGGAGGAGGGCAGUCUGCAUUACUCAGAGUUCACUGAUUGAUUUUAAAUGUCAAUCUCAUGUAAAAACACCCUCACAGAAACACCUAGAAUAAUGUUUGACCUUAUAAUUGGAAAAUAGAGCAAAAGUUAAAUCUCUAAAAAAAAAAAAAAAAAAAAAAAGUAUGACCCAGUAGCUAGGCACCUGUGGCCCUGCGAAGUUGACACAUAAAAUUAACUGUCACAGUAUCGUCUUAGAAGUGAAAGAAGCCCCUUUAUCCUGCAGCGCCCUCUACCAACACCUACUGACAAAGAACAUGGUGCUAUCUGGCAUGGGAGAAAUGUUCAGUUUGCUAUGGCUUGUAUGUGUCACCUCAAAUUCAAGUGUUGCCAAUGUGACGGCAUCAAGAGGUGGGGCCUUUAAGAGAUCACUAGGCCAUGAGGGAUUCUCUUAGGACUGGGAUGAAGGCCCUUAAUAAAAGAGGUUUCAGGGAGCAUCCUGCUAGCUUGCCUUCUGUAUGUGAGAACGAACACAGGAAGAAAGCCCUAGUCAACAAGUGCCAGCUCCUUGAUCUUAGACUUCCCAUCCUCCAGAACUGUGAGAAAUACAUUUCUGUUCCUUACAAAUUACCCAGUCUCCUGUAUUCUUGUUAUAGCAGCACAAAAUGAAGAUACCAUACCUGAACACCUGAACAUUCUUCACAAGGUAGUAAAUGCACUGCUUUAUUCUGGUCUCUAUUGUGUGCUUAAUAAGGAAAUGAGAAAGGGUGGAUCAGGGCAUAGGAUAAACAAGUUACUGCUAGACCUCUCACAAUGCCACUAAUGUAUAAGAUUGUAUUUUCAUCAUUCUUGUCUCUUCAGAAACUAACACCAUGCUAUAAUAGGCACUAAAUAGAUGUCUAAAAACAUACCUUAAGUAUUUGUCUAGAAAUCUGGUAUAUUGUUCAGAAAGAACCAAAAUUCAACUUAAUUUCAAAGGGCCUGAAUCACUAAUUAAUCAAAAUUCAUUAGUUUUUAAUGGUACUAUCACUCUCAAAUUUAAAAUGUCACCUUACGUUCCUCUUCCUCGCAUUGGAUUUAUUGCUAAAACCUGGUAAACACUUUUAAUCCUUUUCAAUUCCAUUACCACUGCUGUUGUCCAGAAUUACUUCUCAGACUAAUAGUCACCUGACUUCUCCCCUGCAUCCUAUUUGCUGUCUAAUUCUGGUUACAAAUAAGUAACUGCCAAACUAAUCUUUCUAAAAAGCAAGACUGAUCUCGUCACUCCUUUGCUCAACAAUGUAAAAGCUCCCAUUGCCUCCCAAAUAAAACCAGCUUUCCACUGUGUAUACAAUACAUC